GUGGCAGAUAAUAUUUAUGACAUGUUUCACACCAGAUACACUCUUCAUCGUCAGGCCCUUCAGCACAAGAUCGGGUACAUCAUUGACGUCAAGGUUAAGGAUGCUCUUAAAGAAGCAGAUAAAGGCAUGAUUCCAGAUUCCAAGAUUUCCAAUGCCAAGGAUGACAUGCUCGAGUACACCAAACUCACAGAUCACAUCUUCGAUCAGAUCCUGAACUUAAAUCCAGAUCCGAAUGAAUCCAGAGGAAUUCUGGAGAACAUUGUCAACAGACGCCUGCCAAAGUUCGUUGGAGAGGCCCGACUGAAGGAGAAUGUUUUAAAGCAAAUGCUGAUAAAACAUUGGAAUGACAAGCUGAACACCAACAAAGCCAAUCUGGAUCCUAAAGACAUACAAUUUUGUGAAAAAAUGCUGAACUGCUUGGAAGUCCAUCCUGAGGAAGCCUUCAAGAAUGCAGUGUAUCAGAAAAUAUUGCUGCUCAGUUUUGAAGAUCAACCUGUUGAAGCCUUCAAGAUUAAGGUAGUCUUCAAUUUCUUAUCUCAGAAAUUUAUGGUAUAG